UGAAAUUGCCAAAUUAAUAGAUGCAUUUAUAAGAUAUUAGAGUCAAUAAUAAUAAUGUCUGCAAAAGGUAUAUUCGUGUGGCAACAUUUAUGGUCAAUUGAAGAAUGAAACAUUUAAUAUGGAUCUUACAUUUACUUUAAUAAACAUCCCUACUAUUCAAGACAGUCAGAACAUGAAGCAUGUCGUGGACAUCGCAUGCGGCAAUAAACAUUCCAUUAUUCUAACCAAGAAUGACGAAGUGUAUGCCUGGGAAUCAAAUAAUAGUGGACAGUUACUGGGUAACAGUACCUAUGGACUUUCUAUAACACCUAAACUUAUUUUAUCUAAUGUUGGUUGUAUCUCCUGCGGUGAUAACUUCACCAUGGCUGUCACCAGAAAUGGCAAGGUGUAUGGUUGGGGCAAUAACGACAUUGGCCAACUAGGAAUAGGCAACUAUGAGAGUAAAAAUAUGCUGCGACAGACUGUUAGUGUGCAGAGAAGCAACUCACUUUGGGGCCAGAUACCUCCAGUUAGCCAAGCUGGCUUAGCUGGAGGAGCAAGCAAUUUUGAGAAUAAAAAUAUCACACCGCAGUUGGUUGGUAUACCGGAAAACCUUAUUGUAGACAAGGUAACUUGCGGAUUAAAUCACACGUUGGCGCUCACAGACAAAGGAAUCAUCUACGCCUGGGGCGGAAACAAAUUCGGCCAGUUAGGGAACGGCAACCAGACGGAAUUCUGUACACCAGUCGUAGUCAGUCAAAUGGAAAAUAUGAGAUGGGUCGACAUUGCGGCUCUGACCAACACUAGCAUUGCUGUCACUGAAGCAGGACGUAUCUAUGUUUGGGGUGAUUGCCGCGGUGAGUGCAUCUCGACCCCAAUCGCCACUUCAUCCUUCAAUGUGCACGACACCUUUGGGCACUACGGGCCGAGCAUUAUGCACAAACCGUUGAUUCUGAACGAAAAGCCGGACAUAUUGGGAUGCUUGGGAAUUGCAUUCGACGAUUCUUUGACAAGCGAUUUCAAAAUACAAGUGGAGGGCAAAUGUAUCUAUGUGCACAAGGUUAUCUUGAAAAUUUGCUCUUUACACUUCAGAACGAUGUUUGAACAUGAUUGGGCAGAAAACAACCAAAGUGUCAUCGAGAUUGAUAAAGUUUCCCAUGAUGUCUACAAAGCAUAUCUAAAGUAUUUAUAUACCAAUACAGUCGAUUUAUAUCUUAUAAAUACCUUUGAGAAGGUAUCAGAACUUUUUGAUUUGGCCAAUGCUUAUUGUGAGGACAAUCUCAAGAAGCAGUGCAUUUAUAGAAUAAAGCAAGGAAUAACUAUAUCAAAUGUCGCCUAUUUUUAUAGCUUUGCAGUGAAGUAUGAUACAAAGGAGCUGAGAAAAUUCUGCAUCCGGUUUGCCGUUAUUCAUAUGAGGGCUGUGGUGAAAACAGAAAAUUUCGCCAAACUUGAAAAUGAGAAUUUGAUGAAUAGAUUUAUAAAUGAAGCGAGCAGAGCUGGCUGCUUCAAGAAUUAAUUCUGUCUACUUUCCUCAACAAGAUAAUGCAAUUCAACGAGAAAUAGAUGGAAAUCAUCGGUAUGUUUGUUGCUACAUAAAAACUCACCAUAUAUUUUAUAGUUGCAUAUUUUGAUGAAAUAUUCGGAUAAUUCUUUUUCUCGGUGAGUCAAUUGUAUCGCUAUUAGGUGUGCGUUCAGGAAUUACGCCCAGAAAACUCUAGUUCACUUUUGCUAUAAUUAUUUUAUAUUUUGCGUAAAAUGAAUUAUAGCCUACAGUUAUCUAAGAGUAUUUUCUGAUCGUACCCUAAUAUUUUGUGUAAGUGAUAAAUAUAUCUGAUUGUUCAGUCGUUAAAACCAUCUUGCGCAUUCUAAUAAAUAAUUCAUACGAGAGAUUCUUUUGUCAAUUUCAGAAAGUGUGAGAGAUAUUGUGAUCUUGCAAUGGUAAUUGGGAUUAGCUUAGAAUUUACGAAAACAAAAGAAAAUAAAAUGUAAACUCACUGAGAAAAAUCAAUCUCAUAUCUGCAACAGUGCUGUUAUCUGCAUAACGAAUUUAUUAACGACGUGCCAAGUGUAUGUGAAUGGUUGCGAAAAUGUUUAUAAAUUUUUUCUAUUUUUUUUUAAAUCAUUUUUAUGAUAUAGUAUAUUAAUGUACCAUGAUCAGCGAUCACGCCAACUUCUCGCUGUUUUUGUUUAUCAGUUUGAGAGCUUUGUAAAAUAUAUUAAG